CUGCUCUGCACCGAUCGGGGGUUCCGGUAGGGGGCGCCAGCUGUACCGAACCGCAAUCAGAACGCGAGACAUGUGGCUGAGACUUUCUGAAAGCGACGCUUCGUCCCGUCCACCCGUAUUCCCCGGAUAGUGCGAGUCGCCAGCAUUUCACAGCACUAGCUUGGACGCUAAAAACAGUUUACUUGGUGAAAAGCAGCUGCAGCAGCAGCACUUAAAGUGGUGAUCAGGACAGCCUGGGCGGACAUGACGGGAGCUGGAAGUGAUGCUGAGGAGGCUGAGAGGUGUCCUAUCUGCCUUGGCAUCCUGGCGGGAGGCGAGCUAGCCAUGCCGGACAGCUGCUGCCACGUCUUCUGCCUCCGAUGCCUCCUCACGUGGGCCGAGAUGGCUCCUUCCUGCCCGGUGGACAGAAGACCCUUCACUAAUGUUUACAGAUGGGACGGGAAUCUCAGCUGUGUGCAGGUUCCUGUGAGGAAACAAGCGACUCCGACUGAAACUGACAGUUGCUGCUGUAGAAACCCCAAACAAAAAGUCUGUCUCAAAAGUAAACCUGCCAGAAGACAAAGACGGCAAAAGGUGGAGAGGACGGCAGACGCCCAAACAAAAGGCCUCGUGAGGAAAUGUAACGAGGACGACCCCUCCACCCUGAGGAGAAAAAAGGUGAGAGGAACAGAAUGCUGCACUUGGUCACCGUCUCCCUGUGUCUCAUUAAUGACAUCAUCUACUCAGGACAUUGCGGAGCCUGUGUGGGUUGCAGAGGACAUACCAUACGACACCCGGUUCCAACGCUGCAAACCCCGAACGCAGGACUGCCCGUGGCUUUCUCCUGCUGCUUCCAUCGCUGUCAGCGCCACCUCCAGGCAGAACUUCCAUCCCGCUGGUUGGAACCACAGCCGGCUUCCGUCUCCCUUCACCCCCAGUUCACCGCUCGGCCCCGCUCAUUUCGUGUUUCAAGGUGUUGUCUGCGCCAUCACGUGUCCCAAAGGAGGGGAAAAGCGAGGCGGUCGAGCUUCAACCUCCAAAGCCCCGACCAAAGAGGCUAAGCCUCCACCGUCGAGGCGAUCUGGGCGCAACAGUAAAAGUCAGGAGGAGGCUCCCGCCUCAGAUCCCUCAUCGCCGCCUCAGUCCAGUCCGUCAGACUCCGACUUGUCCUCUGGGCCGGGCCGGGCCUCUCAAGCGCCAGCCAAGAGGAAGGGCAAACGGGUGACGAACCGAAAGGCCGGCGGUAAGCGGAAAUCCCCGGCAAGAAAAAAGAAAUCUCCCCAAGUUGUUUGCAGCCCGGAGGCAAGUGAAGAAGAGGGUGAUGGAUGCGACAACAUAGAGGAGGAGGAGAAGGGCGAAGGGGAGGAAGAUGACAAAAGUGAUCAGGAACAGGAUUUUAACUCAAAGCAGCAGGCGUCUGAUGCUGAAGUGGUCCUCAGUGAUGAACAAGGCGGCUCCAACUCCGCCGAUAACCUCAGUGACGCUGAACCUUUGAGCAACGAUGUGGGAGAGGACAGCGAUGAUGCUCCAGAGCAAUCUAAUAAACGUGAACUGAAACCGGAGGAGGGAAACGACUCGGACUCUGCUCCUUACAGCCCUGGUUCAUGCUCCAUGGGCAACCAGAGCAAGGAGGAGGAGGAUCAGCCAGAGGAGCCAGAGGAGCCAGAGGAGCCAGAGGAGCCAGGAAGCCCCGUUUCCUCUGGAGGAAAGGACUCUGAGAAGAGGAUGUCACCAUCACCCUCUCACUCUGACAAUGCCCUGCUGGACACCUUGAUGUCUCCACACUGUGAUGACCAGGCAGAGCAGCAGCAGCAGGAGGACGAGGAGGAGGAGGAUGACAUGAAGAUUUGUGCAGAAGAAGCCAACACCAAAGCAUCUUCAAAUGCAGUGACUGCUGAAUCACGUGAGGCUUCUCCACAGCCGGCGUUCUCUGCAGGAGAGUCGGAAGAUCUUUCAGCCGUCUCGAACCAAAGCCUCGAGAUGCUGAUGUAAGGCGUUGCAUCAGAACUCAGCUCAGUAGCUGACAGCACUGCAAAAGGAACCAAGGAUGCCAAUCCAGCUAAGGAUGAUACUAAAGUUGUCCCGAUGGACUGCGGGUCGCCCAUGAGCGAGCAGGCCAACAGUCCCGUUUCUGAACCCAAGUCCAGGGGGCUCACAGUGUCCGGGGAAACCGCUGGUUCUAAGGACGACGGCGACAGGGAGCAACAGGAGCGGGAAAGGAGCCAAGAGAGGAAGAACGGCAAGCCAAGGCGCUCUCGCUUCCACUCCCCGACCUCUACCUGGUCACCUAAGCAGGAGUCCAAGCGAGAGGCGUCCAGGCGCUCGCGGUCCAGAGAGCGAGACGGCAGCCCACCUUCCAGCCGCUCCUCCCGAGCGCGCAGCAGAGAGAAGGACCGCGACCGGGACGGCGCCAGGGACUAUUCCAGGAGGGAACGCAGUCGUGAAAGGAGGAGGCGGCGGUCCAGGAGUCGCUCUAGGUCCAAGUCCAGGUCCCGGUCUCGAUCAAGAUCGCGAACAAGAUCCCACAGACGAGGGCCCAGCCCGGAGCGGCCGGCCUCCAGAGAGCAGUCUCCCCAGAAGAAAGAACGUAGAGGCGGCUGGAGGUCCGGGCAGGGCAGCGGGUCCGGUGCGGAGGGACGGAGGCACCAAGGAGGCGUUGGGCGCUUCGAAAACGGCGCGCCUAGCGAAAGCUCCCCCGAACGCCAGGGCUGGUCGGAGAAUCCGGACUGGGUCACGGAAAAGAGUCGCGGUGAAGCCGACAGCAAGAGCCGGGAUCUGGGCUCCGGCGGUGGCUCGCGCUGGGAGGACCGCACGAGUGGGGGGACCAGAGGGGAGUCCCGCGGGCGCGGCGGGUCGGAACGUGGGCGGGGGGGCGCAGGCGGCAGCCGAGGCUUCUACAGCCAGCAGGAGGAGACGUCCGACAGCCGCUGGCAACCCAGAACCAACUUCUCAGGUACAGGGAACAAUUCAGGGAGCGACGCGUACAGCCGCUUCAACGAAAACCGCGGUGGUGGCCGGAGAAAGGAGUCCGACUCCGGAGACAAUAUGCUGGACCGGUCAGGCUGGUCCUCGGCGUCCAGCUGGGCCGUCAGGAGGACGCUGCCCGCGGACGUUCAGGAUUAUUACUCCAAGAGGGAGAGAGGAGGACCAGGAGGCUGGAGCCGACAGGACGAGGAGCAGCCGGCAGCAGCAGAUCCCACUAAAAGCGAGCCUCCCGCCCAGACAGUACCGGGCAACGCUCCGGUGCCUGUGAUGAAUGCGGCCCCCCCUCACCUGAACGUUGUCCAGCACCAGUACCCGCUGCAGGGCCCGCGAGGAGCCCUGCCGGUCAGCCUUCAGCCCGCGGCGCCGUACGCUAUGCCUCCUCAGGUCCCCGUGCACCUCCACCCCGCCGUGCCGCUGCUUCAGGUCCCUGCCGUCGGCGCUCAGGGGCUCCCGCCCCCUCCCCCGCCACCCCCACCCAUGCACCACGGAGGCCAGAUGGCAGCGGCUCAGCCCGAUGGCUACGCGACACAGAUGGCGAACACAAUGGUGGGUUAUGGGAAACCUGGUCUUCUUCCCACCCCGAGCAAAGCUUGUUUUGCCGCUGCGACCUACGGCCAGUCAGCUGCCAGCCAGGUUCUACCAUCCUCUACAACUCAGCCCGGCUAUCAUAAGGCUCAAGCUGACGGCUCCAAAAAGGAAAAGAAACAUCAGAUCCAGGAGAGAGCGGUCAAUGAAGUGAAGACAGCCAUCAAACCAUAUUACCAAAAGAAGGAAAUCACAAAGGAGGAGUACAAGGAGAUUGUCCGUAAAGCGGUUGAAAAGGUGUGUCACAGCAAGAGUGGUGAGGUGAACUCCAGUAAGGUGGCCAACCUGGUGAAGGCCUAUGUGGACAAAUACAAGCACGCCCGCAAGAAAUGAAGCCCCGCGUGGCGACGCCCUCACGGACCCAUUCAGCUGCUCAAGUGCAAUUUCCUCUGGCUGGAAUUUAGCCUCCAAACUGACAACGGAGAGCCAACAUUUCCUUUUUUGAUAUCUCUACCUUUUAUUGAAUGAUGAAGAUUUUUUUCUAUAGAUUUUCAUAUUUUGUUAGAAAAAUAAUUACCCAAUCAGAAAUUGUAAUGCAAGAGCCCUUUAUUUUGCAUAGAUCAUGUUUCUUGGGGAACUACUGUAAAGAGCGCGGGGGGGUGGGGGGGGCGUAUGACGGAGGAGGGAAGCGGUUGAUGCUGAAGAUGCAACGCUCAGCGGACUACAUCAGCUCGUGUAGUGGGGAGCCUUUUCCAGGGUGCCGGCUGGUACGAUGAAUGCAUCCUGAUCGCAUAGCUUAUUAAUUGAAUAUUGUCAAUGUUCUUUUUUUUAAAUAUUACAUAACAUUUCAGAUGAGGCCUCUUUAAAAAAACAAGUGCAUUGCCUUUAUUAAUCUCUGUGGUUCAAUAAAGGGCUGGAAUCUGAUGAGUGAUAUUGUAAUCCGGUUCCUGAUUGGCUGAGGAGACGAUCAGAAGUGAGUUUGUAAUAUUAGGCAAUGGACCCGGUGUGGGGGGAGGGGGGAAACUGAACCCCUCCUUUGGCCUGAAUGUGUAUUACAUGUUAAUGGGUGAACACGAUCUGUUCAAAGUAUCCAGAGAGUAGUGAAAUAAAAGAGCUGCUGCCUGAUCUGCUGUGUGUUUGUUGGAGGGCUCGCUAAGGGAUGGAAGCACGCCUCGAUUUUAAGUGUUUCCUGCUGCUCAGGGGCUGAAUUUAGUCUUUCCUGUGAUGUUUCUGCUCCACCAAAUCAAACCAUGUAAUGUGAUUUGUUUAUCUGUUUAAAGACGAGGGAUCCACCUUACCUAUUCUGUGAAAGUGAAACCUGUCAACAGAUUGGAUGGGCAGUAUGUGGCAGCACUGUCAAAAGUAUAUAAAAUAACAGUUGUAUACAGACAUGUAAAAAAUAAACCAGCUGUUAUGGCAGA